UCCACAUCAUCUGCUCUCCAAUCAAUGGUGUGAAUAUAGAGAAGGUGUCGUUUUGGAGAGGGAUAGCAAAAGCACAUCAUAUGUGGAUAUUGGUCUUGGUGUGGAUGUUUCCAUUAAUCAGAAGCUUGAACCUGGACUGAGAGUUACACUUAAGUUGCCACCUGAAGCACGAACAUUGCAGAAACCUUGUGGUGUUGUUGUAUCAGCUGAUGAGCCAAGAUUGGAAGCUGGCUAUUAUUGGGGUUACACUGUUCGAGUAGCAAACUCACUCUCUGAGGUUGUUGCUGGUAGCAGAUUUCCUGAUGGCUAUGACCUGCUAAUUGGAACUUCAGAUAAAGGUGAUGAUGCUCGAAAGACGGAGUAUCCUACAUUUUCACAUGCGCUCAUUGUAUUUGGAGGCUAA